AUGGACAUUACUCUGGCAGUUGGCCAAAAUGACAGCCCUGAUCGCAAUGAAGCUAUUAAUCAGCUAACGAAACAUUAUUGGCUGAGUUUGAUCGAUUGGCCUACAGCGCAUGUGCAAACGCAACAAGAUGUGCCAAUAUCUGAGCAACAAAGACUACCAAAGAGUCAUGCAGGUGCAUCUUCCAAACAAGAAGAACUCGCACAACAGAAUCAGAAUAGACGUAAGAGGAAGAGAAAAUAUGAUUCGGAAAGAUAUAGAAAGUCAAAAUCUGAUCCUGUAAAACUAUCUAGGUUUAUUCAACAAAGGAAAGAAUGUAAUCAAAGAAAAAAGGUAGAAUAUCAAGAAAAGUUUGAGAAGAUGACACCAAGAGAACAAGAAGCAGAAAAAUUGAAGCGAGCGGAAAGGACCCAACAUUAUAUCCGCCAAAGAAGAGACAAAAAGGAGCGACAAACAGAAGCAGCAAUUGUUGAUGAGCAAGUACGACAAGAACUCAAACGAAAACGCGAAAAGAAAUGUUUGGCUGUUAAAGAGUAUCGAAAGAGACAAGAUGAAAUGUUUAAAGUAGGACUGAAAAACAAUGAUCCGGAUAUUAAAGCACGUAUCCAACGAGACAAAGAAGCUAAUAGACUAAGAGGGAAAAAUCACCGUGAUCGAAAGCGAGAACAAGCAAAGAAGGCUAGAUUAUCAGACAAAGACUAG